GCUUGUUUCUCUACGAACACUUGUAAAAACGGAGCUGUUUCCUUUACCCACAAUGCUUGUCGUGUCCUCCGUCCUUCCGACUUCCGCCUCACCAGUCUGCUAAUAUGGCCCCAACCAAGAAAGGUGAAAAGAAGAAAGGACGUUCGGCCAUCAACGAGGUGGUGACCAGAGAGUACACCAUCAACGUCCACAAGCGUAUCCAUGGGGUGGGUUUCAAAAAGAGGGCUCCCCGUGCCAUCAAAGAAAUCCGCAAGUUUGCAGUGAAAGAGAUGGGUACCCCUGAUGUCCGCAUUGACACUCGCCUCAACAAGGCAGUGUGGAGCAAGGGGGUCAGGAACGUUCCAUACAGAAUACGCGUUCGACUGUCCAGGAAACGUAACGAGGAUGAGGAUUCCCCCAACAAACUGUACACCCUGGUCACAUACGUUCCAGUUACAACAUGCAAAGGUCUGCAGACAGUCAAUGUCGAUGAAAACUAAAUAUGCCUGUGGAAUAAACCUCAAUAAAAAGAGUUCUCGUUUGAGCGACA